GACACAUUCUCAACAAUCGAAAAUUUGAUUAAAAAAAAAAAAACAAUGCUUUUGUUUGAGUGGUGUUAGUUCUGUUGCAAAGUUUUCUUUCAAGUUUUUGCAAGAUGUUUCGGAAAUCAUAUUCUUACUCCAGUGUUUCCGAGGAACAAUCUUCGGGAUGCUGUCGAGGAUCAUGCAGAUGUUUAACAAGGAUACCUUACGCUACUCUUAUAGCAACGGUAUUAUGCUGUGCUGGUUGUGGAAUAUUCUUAGGUUCUUUUUACCGUGGUAUAUCUUUGACAUUGAGAACAUUUGAAGAAGUUUUUCAUUUUCAGUUUGAAUGGCUGAAUGACAUAUAUAUUGUGUUCAUUAUCAUCGGAGGAGUCAUGGGUGCCUUUAGCUUAAUAUUAUUGCUUGUUGGAUUUUUAGCAACUGGUGCAACAAGAGAAAGAGUCUAUCGUGGCUUUAAAUCUAGAAUUGGUGGCCGUCUAUCAUGUGCAUUUUUCAUGGGGUUGACAUACAUUCUGGAGCUGGUUUGGUUGCUCGUCUUUGUUUCAUUAGUCCUUAUAACCUUUGUGUUCUCUGUGUGGUGGGGAAUGUGCAACAACUUGAAGUAUGAACCAAAUCCAGAUAAUAGAUGCAUUGAUUUAAAACCAUUAGCUUUUCUUUUCCCAAAUGGUACUGAUGUAAAUCUACUUAGAAUUUGUGAUGAAGGGAAGAAAAAGAACUUUUGUAAAGACUGUGUUGAGACAUCUGAAGUAUUAUUUCUUGUUGCUCUAUCUGCUAGUUUUUUGGUGGUUCUAAGUUUGAUACACUAUUUGAUGUGCUUAUCUGCAAAUUAUGCAAGAAUAAUGGAUAAUGAAAAAUUCCAAGAGCUUCAAGAUUUACAGUAUUUACACGAUACCGAAUUGGGAACGCUGAACAAAAAUAGAUUUUAAACUUUUAAUUAUGUGUUACUUUGCAAAUUGUUAAAUUUUCAGACUUUCAAAGAAUAUGAAAAUGAUGAUUGAUUGGUUGAUGUAUUUGGGUUAAAGUAUUAAAAUCUAGUUUGGCAUUUCUCAUAUUAUGCUGUGAAAUGUAAAUAAUUAUAUUUGUUUUAUCCUUCUUUUUUAAACCUAGAAGCCUCGGAUGCAUUUAAUUUAUCAUACAUCAACAUUAUUUAAAAGGGAGUUUAUUUAAGCUGGUGAAAAAAAUACUAAGGAACUGCAUCUAUGUACAGAUUUGCUCAAGUCUUGACAGAGCUAAAGUUUCACUAACAAUAAGCUGAAUUUAUCUGUUUAACAGAAUAAAAUUAGCUUUUAAAAGUGUUUUUCUUAUUUUCAAUUUUUCUUCAUUAUAUUAACUGAAACAUAGAUCUUGUCAUAAAGUACUUUUUUGCAUGGACAAAACUCACAAAUACUUAAAUGUGAUUGUAUUGUAACUAUGUGUAGAUCCAAGUAUUUAUAUCUUUUUUUUUUUUUAAAAUAGCAUGUAGUUUAAAGAUCAUGUCUUAUUUAUUGCUCAACUGUUUAAUCAUUGACAUAUUUAUAGUAAGUGUGUAGCACAUAUUAUGAAAAUAUGUUGCACAAGUAGUUUGCUGUUGACUUGACAUUCCAUUAACUUUUGUUUUGCACUCAUGCAUUUUAUUGUCUAUGUUUAGCACAAGUGUUAAAAGCAACUAUUUGUUUGUGAAAUUUAUUUAAAGAAGAAAUAGUUUUACCUACAAUCAUUAAAAUAUUUCAUGUUAUAAAUUAUGAAACAGUUUGAUGUACUAUGUUGAUUUUCAAAUGAAUUACAAAUUAUUAUAUAAAAAGUGUGUCUAAAUUGAGACGCAAGCAUUUUCUGAGAUGAUUUUUGUUGCUAAAGGGGAAAAAAAUCCACUUUUUUAUAUUAUGGUCAUCCAAUUGCUGCCAGUAAAUGUUUUCUUGUACCUAUGACCUCCCUUUCUUCUAAUGAUUUUAAAUCAAUCAAAGCAAUUUCCCUUGUAUGCAAUAUCAAAGAAAUUUGCUUUCAAAUUAUAUUGUGUAAAGACGUCUCACAAAUUUACUCAUUAUUCUUGGCUACAUCCUCCUAAAAUUUGUUAUUUCUUUGCCUUUAAAGCAAAUGCUUUAUAGAAACGGGAUAUGACGUAUUAUGAGGUAAACACCCCAAUAGUGGUCAGUGCUUCGCAGGAGGUAAAACCUCCUGCACGUUUGAUGGCCUUUUGAACCCAUUGGGAGACCUGGAAUCCUAUUUUUUCACACAUAAGCCUUGAAGUGGCCAUUACUUAAGUACUGGCCACUACGGGUGUUUUACCUUAUAUUAAUUAAUUUAUUUAUUCAGAAACUACACAGCUUCACCCACAUAGAGGACUGCGUACUAAACGCGUUGUCUCUCGACACACACAAAGAUUUACAACACAAAAGAAGGAAAUAACACCCAGGGCAACGGCAGGAAUCGAACCCACGACCUCUGCAUUAGAAGACAAAACUUCGAUAAAAAUUAUUCACAAAGUUUUUCUCUCUAAUUCUACUUGUUUCAUAAGAAAACGUGAAAUAUUCAAGUUUCUUUCAACAUGCUAGCAAUGCUUUCCCUUGAGUGGGGUGAUGCACGAUGAUGCUCCAUUUUGAUUUCACUCUUUUGGUUUAGACAUGUGGAGCUCCUUAAGAGAUCCCAUCAUACAGCAACACUCCAUGGCCACAUCAUUUCAUUUUUCAUAUAAUAUAUUUCUUUCAGUAGUUGCAUAUUACCUAUUUCAUUAAUUUAAAAUUUUAACCAAAAAAAUCAGCACAAAAAUUUAGCUUUUGCUUAUUUGCAUAAUGCAUUAAGUAUUUUUAUUAAACUAUUUCCAUUUUUGUAUUUCUGUAAGUUAUUUCAUUCAAGCCUCAGUUUGUGUUUUUGUCAACAAUGCAGGAAGUUUUUCUUAGAGGCACCCCAUCACAAUUUCUUGUCCUCAAAGCUUAUCAGGAGUACAAGCAAAGUUCAUUGAAAUAUCUUAAUGACAUUUGAAAAUAAAUUUUUAACUCUUCAAAUAGUAAUAUUUACAAUAAUGAAAACCUCUCAGUGUUCUUUUAUCAUUGAAAAGCUGAGUCUUCAUUUUCUUGAUUUAUAUAUUUUUUAAAAUACAUAGUAGUACAAAUAAAAUGUUAAGCUUUGCACAGCAAAUUGAAGCAUAACCUUAAAGUUGCAAAUCACAAUAAAUAGUGGGAUUUUAUGCACUGUAGAGGUUGUUUGUUGCUUUGUAACAUUGAGACACAUGUUUUCAAUUCUAAUUGUUAUUGGUUUUUGCUGCCCCCUUGUCUAGUUGUCAGAGGAGUCUGACUGCAAUGAAGAGGUCCCGGAUUCGAAUCCUGGCUCUCGUGCAUGGAUGUACUUUCUCUCUUCUGUCCUUGUCCUUUCUUUGUGUGAAUGUGUUAUUGUGUUGUGAAUGGUUGCCUACUCUAUAAAUGGGUCCUUAUGGUGUGUGUAUACAUCAAAUUAUAGUACAACUGGAAAAGUGAAGCAGCGCAUCCCUAAUUGGCAGCUUAGCUACAAAAGACAAAAAAAAAUUUUUUUUGCUUAUACAAGGUGUCUAGACUACAGCUAUUAGUAAAUUUAGAAAAAACGUUAUUAAGUUUGUAAUGUAUAAUUAAUUUUUGUUGAAAGAUGUCGCCUCAAAACAUGGGAGUGACUUUUAAAACUUAUUGCUCCUUCUUUUCGCUUGUGUGUCACUUUCCUUGAAAAGUUACCUGCGGGAUUAAAAGCUGGCAGCUGUGAGAUUUUACUGUGUUACGACACUAAAAGAGGAGCCUACCACCCUGGCUUCUAAAAUCGUUAGGACUAAUUUUAUAAAGCUGUAGUUUUGCAUUUUGUGUGUGUGUGGAAGGAGUUGUUUCCCUUGUUUUCAUUCAUUUACUUGGAUUUGUUACUGUUAGCUUGUUCAGUACAAUGAGUUUUUGAUCAAAGUUGCAUUUGAUGCCACUUUUAUUUUGUUUAAUUAUCAAAUCCAAUCUUGUAAAAAUUUAUUUAAAAUAUGACUCUCUCUUGACUAGUGAAAACUCUUGUUAAGUUUUGUGCCAUAAAAACUGCAUAAAGGAAAAUCCUGAUGACUGUAUAGCGUAUUAAAACGUGGAACCUAACUUGCAGUUCAAUUUUUGCUUUUCAAUAAUAGUUUAAAUCAUAUUUCAAAAAUUCACUUCAUCUUAAUGUCAUUAUUUCUUUGUAUAAAGUUUGUUAACUGCUUAUGCAGUUUAAAAAAGCUGCAAUAUCCUUGUGAUUUUCAAUGUAAAAUUUUUUUUAACUUAUUGUAAUUGGGAUUUUUUUUUUCUUUUAAAACCUUAUCUUGUACAAGAGCACCACAAGAUGUUAAUUAAUUGAACGGCUACGGGGAAAGAGCGAUCAAAGUCCAUUUUUCUGAAUAUCUCUGGUUAAUCUAUGGGAACACUUAGAUUAUUACAGACAGUAUUCAAGAGAAAUAUUAUUCAGGCAAGAAUCAUCAUAGUGAGUGAGUUUUAACAAGCAAGAAUGAAGCUAACUUGGAAACGAUUUGAGAUUUCAAGCUUACAAACGUAAUGAGGGAAAUUUGAGCAUGGUGGACUAUGCUCAUUCUUCCCCGUGGCCCUUCAAUUAUCUAUCUUUUAAGAUUCUUUGCUGUCCCUCUAAACAUUUUGAAAGUCACACAUUUCUAGUGCAUAGGUUUUCUUUCCAACAAUCUAUAAUCAGAAGGACUCUGUUUAUACGAAUGAGAAAAAAGUUUAUCAAAAUAGAAAGAUUUCUGACAAGAAAUUUUUGACCUGAAAAUUUAAUACAAAGAUAAUCAAAUGCAUGCUGACUGUUUUCUCGCAUUUAUGCAUUCUUCCUUUUCAUUGCUUCUGUCAUACUUUCAUGUGGCUAGUAGAAUAAUGAUAUUUAACUGCAUCAUCUAGCAUCGAAAAAAAAAAAAGGCUAUAACAGCAUGUUUUGUAUUUUCUAUGUAUUACAGAUUGUUAGUGUAAAACCAUUGAAUCAUUCCAAGUAUUGUGAUCCUAAUUUUCUGCUUUAACCAUAUCAGUAGGAGGUCCAGUCAUUAAAAAUAAAUUCUUUAAAUAACAAUCAUAUUUAUAAUGUUCAGCAAUGAAAUAAUAUCUUUUAUAAUUUUUCAAGAAACUUUUUAAUAUUUGAUUGUUUAGUUAGUUUUACCGAACAUAAUUCAUGAACAAAUCAUUAGUAAAUUUCCUCUUCUACAUUCUAUACUUCGUUAAAUCAUCACUGGAAAAUGGGAUUUUUUUUCUUGCUAUUUUUGUAUAUGUGCAAUUACUUUUUAUAGCAUAUAGUCCAAUCUAUUUUUAUACUGCAAUUUUGCAUAUCUACUUUUAUGUAU